AUGGGUGAAGAGGACGAAUAUGCGUGUGUCAAUAGAUCACAACUUAAGAUCAAGGAUAACUCUGGGAUCAAAAAGAAAAAGAAGAAGAAAACGAACAAGGAAAAGGAGAAAAUGAUAGAAAACGAGGUACAACAGCAGGUGAAACACGCUAUGGACACAAAUAGCGACAAGAAGACCAAAGCUGAAAUCGCUUUUCAGAAGAUGCAGGAGAAAAUGCAAAAACAAAGGAUACAACAAAAAGCCGAGAUGACUCACAAACAAAGGGUGGAGAAAUUCAACCAACAUCUUGACAGUUUGACAGAGCACUUUGAUAUUCCCAAAGUAUCAUGGACUAAGUAA